UGUGCUCGGCCUCCGACGCCGCUGUCACAUCCAUAGCAUUCACAGUAGACAAAUGCCUCAGAUGAACCAUAGUUACAGUAUAUCGCAGUCGAAUAUCUUCUUUCUUGUGCUGCAAUAAAUAGCUGAUGUUCCUGCGUCCCUUUCUUAACCUCUCAGCUCUCAGUUCAGAUUACAUUCACCAUCACAACUUUUGAAAGUAUCUUGAACUACCAAAACCACCCUCUACAUCCACGACAUCAAGACCAUUCAUCUCUACACAACAAACCCCUUCCACAUCCACCAACAUGUCUUCCUUCACCUACACCACAAGCGAACACAACCGUAUGUGGAUUUCCGGCUUGCGCCAGUGGAUCAACAUCUCCGGUCUAAGGCCAAAUGUCCAAAUCCAACAAACGAGCAUGCCACAGCUCCCUCCUGCCGGCAUCGCUGCCACUAAUUGCUUUUCUUCUGCUUUCAUCCGGAAGCUACAGAGGUGGUACCAGCCUGAAUCAUUUGGGGCUCAGAAGGCUGCGAGGCACUUGACACCUCGGCGUCAGCAGCAGAGAGGCAUCAUGGAUGUCAGUACUAAUAGUCUGUGUGUUGAACUCACACGAAAUGACGACAGAGAGGUGUUCCUCACGCCGCCAGCAACUCCUGACGUCCCCCUUCCCGCCGCGUCUACGCCCGCGCCUACGCCGACCGCACAAGAGGCAGUACAAGGAGUAGACCUCCCCACACCUGAUAGCCUACCACCAAGGACACCCACCCCCUCCGCGCCCUCCCACCUCAAAGAGCGUCUUCAGCACCUUCGGAAAUCGCUUCCCGCGCAUUACUGCGAAUCCGCCUUCCGCCUGCUCGCCUCCUUCGAGAAACUAGACAAGAAAUGGCAGCGCAAGUACUGUGCGCUGUUUUGGGCUUCAGACGAAGAAGCUCUAGAAGAUAUGCACGACAUGGCCGAUCUAUCUCCAAAUGCUUCGAUUAUAUAUUGUAAUCGCAUAUCCUGGCAUUCUGAGGAACAAAAGAUAGCAAAUAUGCAAGACCCCAUUGUGAAGUGGGCUGCAGAGUGCGAGCUUGGAGAUAGAAAGGCGGCUGUAGUUGCGAAAUUGAAGGGGGAGUGUAAAUUGGUCUUGCAGGAUUUAAGGGAUAAAGACCAUCUUGCGCAACUUCACAAUACGAUAGGUAACACAAAGGGGCAGAAGAGCAAGAGUAAAAGAGAAGCGCAGAAAGAGGGGUAUGAAGAGGAAGCCGAGAGGGUGAAGAUGGAGAGCGAAGAGAGAUGGAGAAAGCUGAAUGGAGAGCUAGGUUCAAAGGAGCUUAGCGUAUCUUCGAAGAGAAAGAGGAGUGAUGGAGUUGCUCCUGUUUCUGCUCCUGUGCCCAAGAAGAAUAAGUCAGGGGAUAAGGCUGUGAAGGAGUCGAAGAAAAGGAAGAGGCAGUCAGGGGACGACGAGGACGUAGUGCCGAAGGUGCCGAAAAGGAGGGGAAGACCUCCUAAGGCUAAGCCCGUGGUGGAGGUUCAGGAACCAACCCCUGACACCACCAACAACGAGGAGGACGACGACGAUGCGUUCGGAGCGGCCCUACUUGCCGGCUUCGAAGCCGAUACCAUCGACGAAGGCGUCGAGGCAGGAACCCCCUGCCAACUACAAGAGCGUGAGGAAGACAGCGCUGAAGCUGUAGAAACCGUUGAGGACCUCCUGGGUAACUUUUCGGAGGUGUCUCCAGCGGUUGAAAGUGUGCUGGAGGUAGCAAGUGUACCUCUGGAAAAUGGGGAGGAGGAUGAUAUGGAGUCGUUGUUUGAAGAUGACGUCGUAGCUAUGCAUGCUGGCAACGGCAUGGCCUCGUUGUUCGGUGAUGAAACCAAAGCAGACGAUGCAGCGGAGGGUACCACGUGA